AGGAAGUGCAGUACUGCAGUACGAGGACACUACUUCCAAAUGUCUGUGUAACAAAUUUACAUGAGUGGACUGAGUAUUUGACGGCAUUUGUUAUUAGGCAUGGCUAUUGCCAACUUAUUUGGACAUGCUAUUACUGCUGCAGCCGUCUUGGUUCUCACAUCUGGUAUAUGGAUAGCGAUUUAUUUCGCUGCAAUAAAGCCUUCAUCGAAAGGUGACGUCUACAAUAUCCAAAACAACUACAAUGAUUGUAACAAGACAGAUCCGUCGAAGCCGAAGUGUGUUCCUCCUCCACCAGUGGAAUGUGAAAGGACAUGCGAAUUCGUGAUAUGUGAAACAAUACCUGCCGGUCUCACUUUCAACUCAUCCUAUCCCAUAUUUAACAGAACAACCGACUGCUGGAUGAGACUCAUGAAUGAAGCUGAGAAAGAAUUAAUCAUUGGUAGCUAUUAUUGGUCACUCUUGGUUGAAAAUACUGGCGACAAUUACACGGUAGACACUACAAACACUUCUGGUGAUGGGAAGUUGAUCUACGACACUUUGCUCAAAACAGCUCAACGAGGGAUUGAUGUAAAAAUUGCGCAGACUUAUGCAGAUGGAGGACUUUCAGGGUAUCCCGAGACUACCAAUUUGGCGAAGUCAUCGGAUGGAAGGAUAAAAGUACGAUCGUUAGAUUUUACCCAAUGGUAUCCAGGAGGGAUUCUUCACACAAAGUCAUGGGCAGUUGAUGGCAAGCAUAUGUAUGUAGGCUCAGCUAAUUUCGAUUGGAGAUCACUAACUCAGGUUAGGGAGCUUGGAUUAGCAGUUUACAAUUGUCCAUGUCUUGCCAAUGAUCUCACCAGACUACUGGAAAUCUAUUGGGAAAUGGGUGCACCGGGUGCAAAGAUACCAAACAGUUGGCCCGAUUCUUUGGCUACUCCGGCUUAUCACGAAAGGCCCACUUCAGUGCCGCAAUCUAAAGGAGAUCAAGCUGUUUACAUGACGGCCUCGCCUCCAGGAUUCCAAUCCUGUGGUAGAGAAGAUGAUCUUGACGCUAUGUUGAAGCUUAUAGAUGAAUCGCAGGUCAGUCUGGACAUGGCCGUAAUGGAUUACGCUCCUUCUACCCUUUAUAUCAAACCAUUAAAUCAAUGGUUCGGCAAGUUAGACGAAGCUAUUCGCAGAGCUGCAUUCGAUAGGCAAGUCAAGGUCCGUUUUCUAUUCUCAAAAUGGCCCCACACUGCAGCCAAGUACUUUUCCUAUCUCCAUUCAUUGGCCGAUAUCAGUAGUCAAUUACCAUGUGUUUAUGAAAAUAAUAAGUGUGUUAAAAAAGGCUCCAUAAACAUCAAGAUUAUUGAAGUACCUGGUAUGGAAUACGGUAGCAUACCUUACUCUCGGGUCUACCAUAAUAAGUAUUUCGUCACUGAAAAAGCUGUAUAUGUUGGAACUUCAAACUGGUCGGCUGAUUAUUGGUGGUAUACAGCUGGCAUUGGAGUCGUGGUAAAAUCUGAUGACUCUAGUCAGCAGUCGUUUAUAGUAAAUCAGUUUGAACAAAUCUUUGAAAGAGACUGGUAUUCGGACUACACGACCCCUUUAUCAGAUUUCGACAUUUAUGGGAAGAGAACGAAUAAAACCACAAAGUUAUGACACACAGCACUCAUUUGAUGGGAUGACAGUGCCAUGUAUAUCACAUAUCUCU